ACCCGUCUCGUGCUUCGGUUUCACUACCCGUCGAACGGGUUGUAUCCGCCUUAGCUGCUACCAAGUACCGUAGCUUCGCCGAACGGGUACCGCAGCGUCUCGACUGCGUGUACACUGCAAGUGCGGCCGCGAUGGCGGUUGCCGUGUUCGCGUUCUGGUUCCUAUUCGGCGCAGCUGUCGUGCUCCUGGUGCAGGCCUACUACAUCUUCCGUGUCCUCGCGUUACCCGCGUUGCCCCGCGAGAAGGUCGGCAAGAAGUACGCGCCAGCCACCAUACCUCAGAAACUUCUCAAAGCCGUCAAAGCUGAAGACUGGAAAAAAGAGCGCGACACAUUGCUCGUGGCCAACCUCGCUAGCCAGUUUCUAUUCAGGGAGUGGAAAGAAUCUGCUCUGAUUCGUCGCGUCUCCUUUUCGAAAAUAAACAAGGCUUUUCGUGCGGUUCUUCGUGGUCCCGCUAGCAAAGUCUUAAGCAAACUACAGAUACGAGAGAUUGACUUCGGUAACGACUUUGUGAGCGUCAACAAGAUCGCAGUGGAAAGUGUCACUUUGCAUGAGAUUUGGAAGACAAUCGAGGAGCUGGACAUGUUCUGCAGCUUCGAGUAUCCGGGCGGCUUCUCCAUCGGCAUUGACGCGGAGCUCAACGUGGGGGCCCAGGCGUCCGUGGUCAUCAAGGUAAACCGCUUAGCAGCCAAAGGCCGCCUGCAAUUUUCCCGGAAGCCAUACACCCACUGGUCCUUCGCCUUGUACGAGGAACCGAAGGUGUCCAUAACAGUAGAGUCAUCGCUUCAAGGCCAAAAUUAUCCGCAGUUCGCGAGAGCGGUGACUGGACUGGUGCGACGCAAGCUUCGCUCGAAGUUCAACCUGCCGACUUACGUGAUUGCGAUCAAGCCUUUCUUCCUGAUCCCUGAACUUCGCGUUCUUUCCACGCACCACGAGAAGUUGAGCCAGACCGGAACCCUCGAGAUAACCGUCGUGGAGUGCUCCAGACUUGUACUCUGCGAAGGCUCUUUCCAGCUGUACUGCAUGAUCUCUCUGGACGAGCUGGAGUGGAUCGACAUGGACGAAGUGCUGGGAACGCCGUGGCAGAACAUCAGCCUCGAACUCUUCAAGCCGGUCGGCGUAGCCAUUGGAGUCGAAUUCAGGAACAAAACGGUAGAAGGGAGACGCCGCGAAGUCGUAUACGUUGAAAGCCUCACUCGUAACUCUCCACUCGCCGCCGGCGGGCUGAUGGAGGGAGACUUGAUUGCUGCCAUUGAAGGAGUUCGAAUAGUCGACUUCAAGCAAGCAGCCAAGGUCCUAUCCAAAGCCGGAGAGCAGGUCGUCAUCAACGUCGAGAGGAAAAAGGAUUUCAAGUGGGACAAGCUAAAGGCACUGAGCUCCUCGCCGCCGCCAGAACACGAAGAGCACACAGUGACUCAGGACGACAAAACGAAGAUCAGCAACAAGACUGCCGACUUAAACACCAACGAACGGCCGGAGAAGAGGGGCGACAGCGCGGCCAUUCUCAUGAGAGCCAAGAACAAGGGCUUCCCGAUAAAACGGACCACCUACGUUCUCUCCAACCGAGAGCCCGUUUUCUUGGAGUCGUUCAGUUUUGAAGUCAAGAACCACUACCGCUUCAUCAACGUCGGCGUCUGGAGCAAGGGCCAGAUCAUCAGCCAGCAGGGUGUCAAGAAGCCCCGCAUAGACACCAUGCUCGGAUACACCGCCAUCCCUGUAUCCCACGUGCUGGAGGAAUGCCUCAAGACCACCGAAGGUUACCACGGUGAAGUCGUCAAGCUCUUGUGUCCCCACUUCACUCGGGUUCCCAAGGAGUUCCACAAGUACGCCACCCUGUCGGGCUUCGACCCGCGUCACUGCUACGGCGACAUAACGCUUCGCUUCCUGUUCAAGGGCGAGUACAAGGUCAAGGGUUCCCAGCUCAGCUUCGAGCGCACCCGCGAUACUAGGGACGAUGAGCCCGCGGGACCUGUCCUCGCCGGCGACCAAAUGCGGCCCGUGGGUGAUAUGAAGUCCAUGGCUCACGACUUCGAGGAUGUCAUAUUUAAGAAAGCGACGACUUGCAAGUUCUGCAACAACAGGAUCUGGCUCAGCAGGGGAAUGCGUUGCAAGGUCUGCAGAAUGAUCAUCCACAGCAAGUGCCACCACAAGGCCAUGCAGCUGACCUUAUGCAAGCAGAAAAUGUGGCCAGAGGAAGAGGCAGAGCCCGUCGGAGGCGUUCAUGAAACUAGCACAAAGGAAGAACAGGAGAUGCGACUACUCGCCAACGUAGUCAAGGCCCAAAGGCCCGCCCAGUCACCCGUUCCGAAGACAAAAGCGGUGACGACAGUGGUGCAGCCUUUGCCAACGCAGUACGAAGACGACUUCUUCAAGCAGCUCGAGAUGACCGACAACGCGAGCCGGUUGGAAGAAGUGCUGCGUCACCUGUCGCACCGCGGGUUCGGCAUGGAGCUCUUCUCCAAGGCUGUCACCGCCGCCAAACACAUGCACAGCGAUCUGAAGCCACAGGCGCGCAUGGAGCGCGUCAGAAACGUCUACCAGAGGGUGAAGGUCUCCUACGAGGCGGAGCGCCAGCGCAAGGACAAGCUAGAAGAGCAGCUCACGAAAGCCCCGGACGAGGCUACGCGCCAGGCGCUGCGCCCGUUGUUAGAACAGUGCGAACAGCGGCUCAAGGGCCUCAACCUGGUCCUCCUCUACUACGCGUCGGGCCUCAAGCACAUCUACGAGGAGCACGAAGGCUCGGGGCACUCGGAGGCCCCCGCCUAGCAGUGCGUGCCCACGCACAUGCACAUGUACAUACAUUCCCCACCAAGCGGCCAAAUAUACACUCGCCCACUUUAGACAUCACUAGCCAUGACGAAGCCUCGUCGAAUACAUAUAGAGUCUUCAGCGUUGAAUCGGAAACAGUGGAACGACGUAGUGUUCACAUUAAUGCAUAACAACGUCGCGUUCGCAAAGGAGCAGCCGUAAGCGUUCGCGUUACAUGCUUUAUAGUUUGGAUAGCGUAGACUUCGAAUAGCCCCGUAGCUCGGCUGUUGAAACGAAACAGGGCUAAUGAUUUUGAAUCUCGAAUCUGAAUUGUGGCAGUUGUUUACUGGCUGCAUGCUGACCGUAUAAAUGGCUCGAACUGAAA